AUGAUACCUGAAUGCUUGUUCGUUACCCCAACGACAGGGAGGUGCAGUGAGGAGCCCUUGCAACAGGCGACACCUCCACUGAGGCCUGCGCCUCUGUCCAGUGCAGUCGCUGUUUUCAGGGAUGUACUCGUGUGGGGCGCGAGUCCCCCACGGGUUGUGGCACCCACUAAUGUUGCUACAUCAGGCCAGCAGACUGCCAGCUGCAGACGCCGGCUCGCGUGCAAGACGUCACUCAAGACAUCAGCCAAUGUAUGGUACGCAUACAAGACGUGUAUUCAUCUGGUCCGGAUGAAUACGGACCCACGAUCCGCUGCAGCAAAAAGCCUUGAGCAAGCAUCAAGCCUUGACCACGCUGACGGGGGGUCUGGCACUUGA